CAGUGUCUUCAGUUUUAAUUUUUUUUUAACUUUACAUAUUAUUUGGUUUAAUAAGCAAAGUUAAUUUAAAUAAAUCAAAAUAGAAAGUAACAGCUACCUCAUCAUUUUCUUAAUUUAAUCGUUUAAAGGAAAUACAAAAAAUGCAGAAUCCAAAUGAAGAUACUGAAUGGAAUGAUGUCCUGCGAGCUAAAGGUAUCCUUCCGCAGAAGGAAAAAGAGGUUUCGGAAGCGGAUAUUGUAAACAUGAUCGAGGAAACCAUUAAACAGAAACAAAUUGAAAAGGACAAACAAUUAUCAGAACUAGAUCUGGACGGUCUUGAUGAACUGGAAGACUCAGAAGAUGAAGCUGUAAUAGAGGAGUACAGGAGGAAACGCAUAGCUGAACUGAGGAAGCUGGCAGAGAAACCAAGAUUUGGUGAUGUGAUGGAAGUCUCCGGACAGGACUAUGUACAGGAAGUGAACAAAGCUGGUGAUGGCAUAUGGGUGGUUAUACACUUGUAUAAACAGGGUAUCCAGCAGUGUGCACUAAUAAAUCAGUACAUGAGACAACUGGCAGCCAAGUUUCCGUACACGAAGUUCCUGAAAGCAGUAGCACAGACUUGCAUCCCAAACUUUCCUGAGAGGAACCUGCCCAGCUUGUUUGUAUACUUUGAGGGUGAUAUGAAGAAGCAGUAUGUCGGACCUCAUGAGCUGAGGGGAACAGCUCUCACAUGUGAUGAACUGGAGUACAUACUGGGCUUAGUGGGUGCAGUCGACACGAAGAUCAAAGAAGAUCCCAAACCAAAGAUCAAGGAUAAGUUAUUUGAAGAUCUCGGCUCAAAUGAUUGGUGAUAAUAUAACUGUAUGUUGUGUGGGUGUAUGUGCAUAUGACAGAAACGGUUCUUACAAGAGUGCAUAAUUUUCUAAGCUUACGGAUACGAAAUAAUUUAUUUUACAAAUAGUAUAAAAUAUAAAAAAAUGUUGAUAUUAUUAAAGUAUUUUUUUUGUGUUAUAUUCAUGACUCUAUAAUAAAACGUUAAUUUUUAUGUCUUCUUAUGAUUUAUUAUUUACUUAUUCCACUAAUUUUAAACAUGUAUAAUAAGCUUCUGGACGGUUGAAAUCAUCAUUACAGAAUAUAAAACAAAGUCGUUAUCGUUGUCUGUCCGUCCCUAUGUAUGCUUAAAUCUUUAAAACUACGUAACGGAUUUUGAAACGGUUUUUUUUAAU